AGUUCCGGAACGUAUUGUAUUGAAUUUGCCCUCAUAGCCUUCUUGAGUCAUUUCGGUUUCCUACUCGAUCCCGCAUUGUGCGUUGUAUCUUGGCAUAUUUUGACCACUGCGAUCCGCACACACCUAUCAUCCAACAUGCCAAGUUUAGUCUUUACGGAUCACACCCAGCUUUGGUCUUGAUAAUAUUGGCUAUUGGAGCCAUGUAUCUUUCCGAGCAUGACUUUUCAAUCUCAGCGUAUGAGGUGGCCUGCAGUUUACUGGAUGGACACCCUAUGGACCAGCGAAAGCAAACCCUAGCUGAGUAUGAUUUUGGGCCUCUUCAGGCCAUGAUACUCUGUGUACAACAUGGUGUCUGCACUGCAAGAGUGACUGCCGUACAACAAUCUGAGAAAUAUUUCGCUUCUCUUUCCAAAGUGCUAAAAGAUGACAUAGCUCUUUUGGAGGCCGAAAGAGCGAUGCUUGACCAAAACUGGGAUCACUGGUCUCUUAUCGAGACCUUCUCGCGUUUAGCGACUUGGACCUGUACCAUCGGUGCCAUGUUGCUAACUAAGGACCCAACUUCUACCUACAUGGCUCCGUAUCAGUUACGCGAAGUGCCGCUUCCUCUCGGUGAAGACCUUUGGCGAGCUCGAUCCGCGACUCAGUGGGCGGCUAUAUCUAGUUGCACCAAGCUUCAUUACGAUACGAAUUUGUCCCCAGUGGCUGAGGCCCUCCUUCAAGGCAAACCUAUACCGGAUAAUCUAAGCUCAUUUGCUCUUAUAUCACUCGUAGGCUGGGCACUGACAUACAUCUGCACCCAAGAAAGGGUGACAAUGCCAAUUGGUCCCGGUGAUUGCUUCCACGGUGAUUUCCGGGCCAAAAUGGAACGCGUUCUUCGUGGCUGGGAAAUACAUACCCGCCGACGUCUCAAGACUGACCGUGCCAUAUAUCGUCUCAACGAUUCACUGUUUACUGACUGUUUUUCACUUCUGGCGUCAUCGUACUAUCACCUUUACUUAGGCAACGAAUUACGAGCCUUGAAGGAGAAGGCAGCUAGAGAAGACCCACUACUAUCAGGUACCAACGUCAGUAAAGACCUUCCAGCUUUUCCGUGUAUUCCUUCAGCACACAAGGCAAUAUUAUAUGCCGCCAAUUCAUGGCUAGUACGUGCCAAACAAGGAAUGGGACACUUAAACGACACCGGAUCUAUCAAUUAUGGUGGCCAUUAUCUCAUGACAGCCUACGAGAGCGCAUUAAUCCUGUCAUGGUGGAUAACAAUAAGUGACGGUCCAGACCCGCAGCAUUAUGGGGGAGAGUACGCCACUGCUGUUAAAUCAAUUAGCGAAAUUUUAUCUGAAGCAUUCAUUGAAGUUGGGGAUCAGGGGAUUGAGUGUGGAAAUACAACAGCCCGAGCUCUUAGUCCGCUCCUGUUCACUCAGCAGUGCAUGUCCAAUUCCGUCUAUCCAUUUUGUCGGAUACUGGAGCAUCGAAUUGGUUGUUUUUCCAAGUACAUCAAGCUCCAUAACUCGGGUUGGAAACCAUGAAUAUGAGAAUGGGUUGAACAGCUUAUUUAUCGACGUU